CUCUCCAUGGAUGUAAUCUCUGACUCCACAACAGGUAGCUCCUCUUGUGAUGUCCCAGACUCAGUAAUCCGUCCAGACCUCGCAGAGCAUUUGGCAGGAGAGUCAGAGCGGAGCUCCUCCAGCGCAGAGUCUCUGGAAGUGCCUGUUGAAGUCUGCGCAGAGAUGGGUCGACAGGAGGGCGAGUGGAUGAAGGUCAUCGACGACAUCCAGGAGGUGUUCGACUUCAUGGAGGAGCUGGGAUCCGGGGCGUUCUCAGAAGUGUUCAUGGUGAAGGAGAAGAAGACGGGGAAGUUGUUUGCUAUGAAGUGUGUGAAGAAGAAACAGACGCGAGACCUCAAUCUGGAGAACGAGAUCGCCGUGCUGAGGAGGAUCAAACACGACAAUGUGGUGGGAAUGGAGGAUUUCUAUGAAAGUCUGACCCAUUACUAUCUCGUCAUGGAGCUUGUUGCAGGCGGAGAGCUCUUUGACCGCAUUCUGGACCGGGGGGUGUACUCGGAGAAAGACGCCAGCAGCGUGAUCCGCCAGGUGCUGCACGCCGUGAGCUACCUGCACAACAACGACAUCGUGCAUCGAGACCUGAAGCCGGAGAACAUCCUGUACUACAGUCAGGACGAGGACUCCAAGAUCAUGAUCGGCGACUUCGGCCUCUCCAAGAUGGUGGACAGCGACAUCAUGUCCACCGCCUGCGGCACCCCGGGAUACGUAGCGCCUGAGGUUUUGGCCCAGAAGCCGUACAGCAAGGCGGUCGACUGCUGGUCCAUCGGAGUGAUCACCUACAUCUUGCUCUGUGGAUAUCCCCCUUUUUACGAAGAAAGCGAGACAAGACUGUUCUCCAAGAUCAUAAAGGCGCAGUAUGAGUUCGACUCGCCCUUCUGGGAUGAUAUUUCUGAAUCUGCUAAAGACUUCAUCCGUAACAUGAUGCAGAAAACUCCCAGCCUGCGCUUCUCCACUGAAAUGGCACUCAGACAUCCCUGGAUUAUUGGAAAUACGGCGCGGAGCCAGGACAUCUAUUACUCUGUCAGCGUUCAGAUCCAGAAGAACUUCGCCAAGUCCAAGUGGAAGAAAGCGUACAACGCUACGGUGGUCAUCAACCACAUGAAGAAGCUGCAGCUGGCGCACUCUGAUAAGGUCCUGAACAAACCCAGCGUCCCCGCCAUCAGCGUGACCUCCCCUGCCAAGACCCACAGACGGAACCUGGAUCCAGACAGACCGGAUCCCCGGCCAACGCAGACCAACGGGAAGCUGAGCGAGUCGGCCGACAUGUCGCUGCCCACCAGCCCCAUCGAGCCCAAGAGCCACGUGCACCCCCUGAAGGCCUCUCAGAGCCAGGACGGCCCACACCACGCGCCCUCCAUCGCCGAGCAGGGCAAGAACGUGUACCACUCGGAGCCCGCCAACCUCAAUGGGUACGCUAAAAGCCGUAUAGCUAAGACGGUGCAGACUGGAGUUUGCUCCGUCAUGUGAAGGCUGCAUGACGUUUACCUGGAGACAUUUGACCUGGUCAGUGUUGCAGUUGCAGUGCUGACUCAGCAUGCAGCUGUUUUGUGUCAGCAGGCCCCCGCACGGUGAUGAGAAGUGGAAGAACCUCUGACGGACUCUAACGGUCUGCGAGGUCCUCACAUUCACUGGGACGUUUUAAUUUUCUUGGAAAGAGUGCCUAAGAAGCUACACAGAAGCGCACACACACACACACACACACACACACACACACACACACACACACACACACACACUCACACAUUGAGAUGCACACGCCUCACUUGAACUCAGAUGCACAGGGUAGGCUUCAGUAAGCAGGGCAGUUCAGACAGUAUUAAAGCUCAUUCAUGGUGAAGCAGUCUCUGAGCCCUGAACGCCUCAUGAAGGUUCAAUCACAAUUCCUGUUUGUUUUGAUCAGGGAGUUUAAUUCAUCAGUGCACAUUAAAUGUCAAGAUGUAUUCAGAUUGUGGAUAUGCGGAUAUGUUUAAGAAAAUACACACAACGCAAUAAGAUAAAUUAUUGUACAUCGUGUGUAAAAUAUUUCCCUUUCUUCUUGCAAAACUACAUUUGUUAGCGCAAUAGAAUAUAUGAAACUGCAUGUCUGCUGCUUUAAAUAUAUACAUAUAUAAACAAGCCAUAAUGAUGUAAACUCAUCCGGAUAAACUCAUUUUCAUUCUUUGUGUUGAUUGCUUGUCGGUUUUAUUUUUUUAUUUCUAAUGUAUUUCAAAUCCUUUUUAAAAAAACUAAAAAAGCUAUACAGACAAAAAACAUUAUAUAUUUUCCAACUGUGUAAAUGCCACAAGUGUAUCAAGUAUAUAUUGCCAACUCAUAGCUUCCACAUGCCAUCAACCUGCUAGAAUAUAAUGUGUUAUUUAUAUUCGCUGUAAUAGGUGUUGCUGUAAGCGUUUCAUUUAGCAGUUUUCCGUUUCUCCGCUUUGUGUUGAUGCAUCAGCAGUUAUUGAUCGAGUCCAUGUAUUAGGAUGGAUCCCUGUGUGCUCAUAAAUAAAGCUUGUACAGA